AGCAUAGUUACAAGUCAUUCGUCUUCCUUCAUCGUAGAGGCAAACGUAGCUGUUGUGAAACAUGGGAACCGUAAAAGCGGGAUAUCUCCACAAACUAAGUGGAUUUUUCAAGAACUCUUGGAAAAGAAGAUACUUCGUUUUGUACCAAGAUGGCGUGUUCUCGUAUUAUCAGGAUUCGAAAGACAAGGAAUGCGAUGGAAAAAUUCACAUGAAAACAGAAUGUCGUCGAAUAAACGUUGGCCAUGCCGUUGGAGAAGGGGUUAAACCACCUAAAGACAGUGAUAUCAAUGCUAUGUUCUGUGUUUCGUCGCCUGAGCGGACAUGGUACCUCUACGCAGAAACGGAGAGUGACGCAAGGGAAUGGAUUUCACUCUUAGAGCAAGCUCGGGUUCCACUUACAUAUGGUGGGCCACAGAAUCCACCAGUGCCCAGACCUUCAUAUCCAUCAUAUGGUGCUCCAAAUGCUGCUGCAUAUGGUGCUGCACCUAACCCUGCUCCUUAUGGUGCUGCACCAAGCGUUCCUGGAGGAGGUGCACAUCCACCACCCAUUGGUUUUAAUCCAUCUGUUGUUCAUGGAGGUUCAUCCUUAGCUGGCCCUCCUCCGCCAUACUCUCAAGGGCCUCCUCAGCCACAGGGAGCCUAUGGGCAGCCACCUCCAUAUCCAUCAGGUCCACCACCACCCAGGUAUGCACCAAAUCCUUAUCCUCAGCCAAUUGCUCCACAGCAGCCGAGCUACCCAUCACAAGCUUACCCUCAACAACCCCCAGGAGGGUACCCACAGCAGGCUCAUGGACAAUACUACCCCACCCCUCCCCCCGGUCAAUAUCCACAGCAACAGUACUAUGGCAACCCAGCUCAUCACACGACAUACGUACAAGGUGGUAAGCCACAGACAGUGUAUAUGCAACAGCCACCACAGCAACAUAGUGGCCGCAAUAAAAUGAUGAUGGGUGCUGCAGCAGGAGUCGUCGGUGGAGCAGCAAUGGGAUAUAUGUUGGGACACACUGUAGGGGGGUUUGGACAUCAUGGUUUUGGAGGAUGGGGUUCAGACCAUUCAUGGUCUUCAGGAGGCAGUUUUGACUGUGAUUUUGACUAAGAAUUAACUAGUCUUAUAAAUGUUUUACACUGGUCAGUGUCAAGUUUACAUAGGGUUAAGGUCUUUUGGAUUUCUGGUAAUUGUAUUUAUCAUUAUUUAUAAAAUAUUAUUUUUCACUUUUGAAGUGAACAUGACUUAUCAGUAAUGAAAAAAAUAGCAUUUCCCACAUCUUAACAUGACAAAUGUGGAAUGUACACUAAUUUCCUUAGCAGUAAACUGUAUCCAACAUGCUGCCUUGAAUUUCAGUUAAUGUUUUUGUCUUUUUACUUUAUUUUAGACACAAAAAUUAUAGAAACCAGAACUGCUUUAAGUUUAUCACAGAUCCUAGUUUUUAGCCUGGGUUACAAAAGUAUUCGACUUGAUUUGUAGACUAUAGUAGUAGGAAAAUGUCCUGACAAAGUUAUAACAGAAUAAUUCACUUGAGGAGAAUUCUAGAAAAUAAAUUGAUUGUAACACAACAGGAAGAACUGACACUGACUUUGGGGGUCAAAAUUUUAAAUAAUUUAGCAAUACGUAUUGGAGAGAUGUUAUCAAAUCAGGUAGUGACUACCCUGCAAGCAGUUGCUUUCCCCCAUGCCGACGCUACACUACAAAUGAGAGAGAAACUCUCUCGUUUGAUGUAGGAGAAACCAACUGCUUCAAGGGUAGUUAGUGACAAGCUAGAAAAGGAAAA